AUGAACCCAGCUUUUCCAAUUUAUUUGCGCUCAUGUGUUGGAUGGUCGCAUUCAAGCAAUCAUACCUCUUUUUCCUCUCUUCGCCUUUCUUGCUACCUUUUUUUUUAUUUGCUUUUUUUUUUUUAUUCUUUCUGUCUAUUUCUUCCUAACUUACUUUUUCUUUCUUUCUUUCUUUCUUUGUUUCUUUUUCUUUCUUUCUUGGUUGGAUUUGUUCUUUCAUUUUAUCUAUUUUUUUCUAAAUUACCUUUCUUUCUUUCUUUCUUUCUUUCUUUCUUUCUUUCUUUCUUUCUUUCUUUCUUUCUUUUUUUCUUUCUUUCUUUCUUUCUUUCUUUCUUUCUUUUGUUCUUUCAUUUUUUCUUUUUCUUCCUAAAUUACCUUUUCUCUUUCUUUCUUUCUUUCUUUCUUUCUUUCUUUCUAUUUGCUUUUUCUCCCUCCCCACCCUCUCUCUCUCUCUCUCUCUCUCUCUCUCUCUAUCUAUCUAUCCUUUGUUCAUAUCUAUCUAUCUAUCUAUCUAUCUAUCUAUCUAUCUAUCUAUCUAUCUAUCCCAGUCUGCUAAUAUCUAUCUAUCUAUCUAUCUAUCUAUCUAUCUAUCUAUCUAUCUAUCUAUCUAUCUAUCUUUGUGUCGGAAUAAUUUUCGGCGUCCAAUCGUUUUUGUCGAUUUUUUUCUCCUUUUUUCCUCCUUUUUUCCACUUUUGUAUUUUUUUUCUUUCUUUCUUUCUUUCUUUCUUUCUUUCUUUCUUUCUUUCUUUCUUUCUUUCUUUCUUUCUUUCGUUCUUUUUCGAAGUUUUCUCCUCCAUCUUCUCUCGUGGCAUAAUACCCCCCUCCACCUUCUCAGAUUCACUAUUCCCUCGCAGGAUUUCUCCUCUUCUCUACUUUCCGACCUUAAAUCCUUUUAUCUGCUUAACCCCCACCUAUUCCAUUUCAGAUUUUCUCCACCUUCCUCUUUGUCUCUUUAUAUCUCUCUUCCUUGUUAACACUCAUAUAUUACAUUUCACGUAUGUUCCUCUUCCUUUCCCUCCUGGAAUUCCUCUUCCUUCUCAUCCCCUGCUAUAUCCUUUCCGAGUUUUCUCUUUCUUCCACUUUUUUUCUCCUUUCUUCCUUCUCUCGAUAACCUCUUUCCUUUCUCAUACGCCUUUUGCCUCUUACCACGCUCUAUUUCAUCUUACGAUUUCUCCUCCUCUUUCUUCUUUCCCUCUUUAUAUCCCCUCUCAUUGUUUCGUCUCAUUUCCUCUCUCUUUUACUUCUUGUAUUUCUUUACCUUCUUACCACUCACUGUUUUAUGUAGCGAUCUCCUUACACCACUUACUCUCCUCCUGCUUUCCUUUGCAUAGGAUGGUUUCCAUUUUAUCUUUCUUGAUAUUUUUUCACGUUUUUCUUUCCCGUUAUCUUUUUAACGUUUUUUUUUUUUUUUUUUCAUUUUUUCUUUUUUUUUUCCAUUUUUCAUUUUUUUCUUUUUUUCAUUUUUUUCUUUUUUUUUUCAUUUUUCAUUUUUUUUUCCAUUUUUUUCCUUCCUUUCUUUUUUCAUUUUUCUUUUUUCAAAUUUGCUUUUUUUUCAUUUUUUUCAUUUUUUCUUUCUUUUUUCAUUUUUUUUCUUUCAUUUUUCUUUGCUUACCUUUUCAUAAUUCUUUCUUUCUUUCUUUCUUUCUUUCUUUCUUUCUUUCUUUCUUUCUUUCUUUCUUUCUUUCAAUAAACGUUUUCUUUGUCUUUUUCUUUAUUCUUUUUGUUCUUUUAUUUUAUUUUUCCAUUUCUGUUGUAAUUUUCUUGUUUUCUUCUUUCACGUUUAUUCCUUUUCCAUUUUCUCCCCAUCCCCCGACAAACCACAGUGAUUGUCUUCGCUUUGCUUAUUAUAUUUCUUUUAUUCUUUGUCUUCUGCUUUUUCAUUUGGUUCGGCAUCAUUCCUUCCAUUGUUUCUUACAAUCUACAAUUCUCUUAUUUCUUUCAUUUAUUCAUUUCUCAUUUGUUUCACCUUCUUUUUCGAUUAAUUCUUACUAUCUACAAUUCUCUUAUUUCUUUUAUUUGUUCAUUUUUCAUUUGUUUCCACUUUUUAAUUCAUUCUUUCUUACUAUUUUUAAUUCACUUAUUUUUUUCAUUUUUCCUUUACUUUUUCAUUCAUUCUUUCUUAAUCUCUACAAUUUUCUUAUCUCUUUCAUUUAUUUAUUUUUCCUUUCUUACACAUUUUUUCUAUUAUUCUUUUUUUCUAUCUACAAUUCUCUUCAUUUAUUCAUUUAUUCAUUUCUUUCCCUUUCUUUUUCAUUAAUACUUUCUUAA